GACGAAUGAUUGGCGGAGACGCAGUCACGCAGCGCGCGGAAGCGGGAAACGCAAACACACGGACGCAUGUCUCGACGCGACGCGACCGAGGGCGGCUUUAAACCUGUUUUCGCGAUCCUGCGCUCGUUAUAUCCGCGCGUUCAGACUCUGGAGGAGUUCGCAGACGGACUCGUGUUCUCGGACGGACGGAAACCGGCUCUUCUUGAGGAAAAAGACGGCGCGCGGUUUCAAAAACUCGCGGGAGGCCUGAUCAUAUGCGCUCGUGAGCCACCGCAGCAGCUGCGCGAGCCCGCACAGGUACCUCACACACCUGUUAAUUCCACCUGGUCCGGAUUCUUCCUGGACCACGGCGCGACUCAAACAUCGUACGGCGUGACGCGCAAGACUCCCGUCGGCGUCGCGCGGAAGAAAGUCGCGAGAGAUGAUAAGAAAAUAGUUUCGAAAAAAAAGAGAGCGAGAGAGGAGGAAAUGGACGACAAACGGGAAGAUCGUCCGGUAGUAAAGAAGCGACGGCUUACGAUGGACGAAACUGACGGUUCGUUAAAUGCGCGAAACCCUGAAAGUCACGGAUCGCGGAGCUGGAAACCGGCGGAUCAGCCUCCUCCGCGACCGUCGCGCUGUUCCAUCCGCGUUUUGAGUAUGCUUUACGGUGGGCGGGGCUUGAAGGGCUUCCUGCUAAACAGGAAGCUGAAAGCAGGUGUGGGCGGGGCUAGACGGCUGCAGGGGGCGGAUCUCGUGCGCAUCAUUUUCCUCCAAUCGGAGUCCAACGUGUUUGACGGACAGGCCAAGUUUAGGAAGCUUCCCAAGCGUUUCUUCGCAAUGGUUCCCUUGUUUGCUCGGCUCUUGCGGCAGCACAGGAAGUGCCCGUAUGCUCUCUUCCUGCGCAGGAAGUGCUCGGUGAAUCCAGAGACGGAGGAUAUGGAGUCGCUGCUGAAGUCGCACUUGUCGCCUUACAGGGUGUAUCUGUUCGUGAGGGAGUGUUUGCGAUACGUUGUUCCCGAGGAACUCUGGGGAUCCCAGGAAAACCAGCUCCACUUCCUGUCCAACGUGAAGAACUUCCUGCGUCUUGGGAAGUUUGAGCGUCUUCCAUUGGUACAGCUGGUGUGGAAGAUGAAGGUCAAGGCCUGCCAUUGGCUGGGACUCAAGAAACGUCAGUGCGCGAGUGAGCACCGCUACAGAGAGUGGAUCUGCGGGCAGUUUCUGGGCUGGAUGUUGAGCGGUUACGUGAUGGGUUUGGUCAAAGCGCUGUUCUACGUCACCGAGAGCAUGGGACAGAAACACACGCUGCGCUUCUACAGAGGGGAAGUGUGGAUCAGACUACAGGAAAUGGCCUUCAGAGCUCACCUGUCUAAGGGCCAGUGGAGGGCACUGUCUCCGUCUCAGGCCCUAAAGUUCCCCAAGACCACAGUAACGUCCCGAAUCCGGUUCAUCCCGAAGGUGAACAGCAUGAGACCCAUCACUCGCCUCGCGGGACCCAGAGAGUCGCUGCAGAUUUUCCAGAGCGGCGUGCGGCUCCUGCAGAACGUGCUAAGCGUGUGUGUGCGAGAGGCCCCGGGGCCCAUGGGCUCCACCGUCUGGGGCUGGCAGGACAUUCACCGCGUUCUCAAAGAGUUCGGCCCGCAGCAGAAGAGCUCGCCGAGACCGCUGUAUUUCGUCAAGGUGGAUGUGAGCGGAGCGUACGACAGUCUCCCUCAUCAGAAGCUGGUGGAGGUGUUGGGUGAAGUGCUGCGUGCAUUCUCCGAGCGGAGCUUCUUCGUGCGACAGUACGCUCGCGUCUGGAACAACCCUCACCUGGGCCUGAGGAAACACUUCUGCACUAGAGCCGAGAUGAGCGAGCCGCUCAACAUGAAGGGCUUUGUUGUGGAGGAGCAGGCCGGCGGGACGCUGCACGACGCCAUCCUCGUGGAGCGGCACUCGUCUGAGGUCCGAGGUGGAGACGUGUUCCAGUUCUUCCAGAAGAUGCUGAGCAGCUACAUCAUCCAUCAUGACAAUAAGAUGUUCCGUCAGGUGUGUGGAAUCCCGCAGGGAUCUUCAGUGUCGGCGCUGCUGUGUAACCUGUGUUACGGACACAUGGAGAACUCACUGCUGAAGGGCAUCGCUAAAGGAGGGUGUCUCAUGCGGCUGGUGGAUGAUUUUCUGCUCAUUACGCCUCAUCUGAGCAAAGCCACGGAGUUCCUGACGAUGCUGCUGGCUGGCGUUCCCGAUUACGGUUGUCAGAUCAACCCUCAGAAAGUGGCGGUGAACUUCCCGGUGUGUGUGGAGUGGCUGGACUCGGGCGUGAGUGUCCUGCCCUCCUGCUGUCUGUUCCCCUGGUGCGGUCUGCUGCUGGACACGCACUCGCUGGACGUCUACAAGGACUACUCACGGUACGACGGCCUAUCGCUGCGCUACAGCCUGACCCUUGGCUCCGCCCACUCGCCAACCGCGGUCAUAAAGAAGCUGCUGUCGGUCCUCAGUCUCAAGUGUACCGACAUCUUUCUGGACCUCAGGAUGAAUUCAGUGGAAGCUGUCUACAGGAGCUUAUAUAAACUGAUUCUGCUGCAGGCGCUCAGGUUUCACGCUAAUGCGCUCCCCAGCGCCUCACUGGCGAGUCUGAAUGAGUUCGUCUCUCCUGCAGGUCUGGUUCUGGGUUCUCCGGACGGCGGAGGUCUUCUGCAGUACGAAGCCGUUCAGCUGCUGUUCUGUUUGGCGUUUAAGGUGGUUUUCACGCGGCACCGAUCGCUUUACCGCAGCCUGCUUCCUCCGCUGCACAAACGAAAGCGGCGUCUGGAGCGCGAGCUGCGCGGCAUCAGACUGGCCCGCGUGCGUCAGGCCGCCACUCCCACAAUCCCUCAGGACUUUAAACGCAUCCGGACGUAGAGCGGUGAACGCCCGAGUUUCGCUCCGCAGCAGCUGACUAAACAGAUCCACGCACCUCGUAAACGCUUGAUGAUUGUCGUUAAAUGGUUGGAGAUAAGAGACGCUCGUAAAACAACGACAGCGUUCAGCAGCUCAGACACUCAUUUCUGUUGUUGUGCUGCAUGUUUCUAUGAUAUUUGCAUGUUGAUGCAUCUGUCAUCUAAAUAAACCUUUGUUAUGUAAAUAAACUAAAAUCUGUUAUUUCAGCACAGAAAAUAAAUUUAGAUCACCA